AGGAUUCCAGCACCCCCAAGGGGACAACGGGCGGUUUGAGGGGAGCCCCUUCCCUUUAGAAGCGGCUCGGGGGUAAGCGCCAGCCUCGCUCUGCCGAGCGCCAGCGCGGCCCCGCCAACAGCCCUUAUCGGUGGAUUAAGGAGAGCGGCCGGCACUGCGCCCCUGCUAUCGCACACCUCGAGCGCAAACCCGGUCCAGGGAACGGGGCCACCCUCCACCCGGCCGCCGCUGAGGGGCCCCGGCCCGAGCCGAGCCGAACCGAACCGAACCAUCUCAGCGCUCGGGACUCUUCCCCGACCCCACACACCCUGCUCGAGGAGCCCGCCGGCCAGCGGCCACCGAGCUGCCCGGCAGAGGGCAGGCUCCCCGCACCCCCCCUCCUCCCGCCCCGCAGCCAAUGAGAGGCGCUGCCAGCAGCCCGGCUGCGACGGUUGGACAUUCCGCCAGCCGCUGGGCGCCCUGUAGCCAAUCGCUGACGGCGGCUGAGCCCCGGCUCCGCCUCCCCCGCGGCCGCUGGGGUUGGGAGUCGCCGCAGACGCCAUUUCCUCAGCGCCCCCGCGGCGGCGCGGCUGCAUCAGCGCUGACGUGAGAUCGACGUGCGGCUCCGCCCGGCCCAAUCCCCCCCACCCCCUGUGACGGGGGCAUCACGUACAGGGCGGCGGACAGAUGACCAUGGAAAUGGUUGAAUCACAAGAGGAGGACAGUGCAGUGGAUUCUGUGCUAGAGAGAGAUGCUGGUCACCUUCAGCAUCAGCCAGGCCGAAGUCAUGUUUCCCCAGGAUCUGAGGUUUCUGUAGCUGCAUCAAGUGCUGGAAGAGGAUCUCCAGCUGUAAAUCUAGUGCAGUUGCCUUCUGGUCAAACUGUUCAUGUCCAGGGUGUCAUUCAAGCCACACAGCCCUCAGUCAUUCAGUCACCACACAUGCAAGCUGUUCAGGUAGCAUCAAUUGCAGAUGAAUCUGCAGAAUCAGAAGGGAUAAUUGAUUCUCAAAAACGUAGGGAAAUACUUUCAAGACGGCCUUCCUACAGAAAAAUUCUGAAUGAACUCUCAUCAGAUGUUCCUGCAGUACCAAAGAUUGAAGAAGAAGAUAAAUCGGAAGAUGAAGGAUCACCUUCUGGAAUUUCUCCAAUGGUCAUGCCAGCCAGCCUGUAUCAUGCUAACACAGGGCAAUACAUUACUAUAACUCAAGGUGGUGCAAUCCAGAUUUCUAAUCCAGCUUCUGAUGGUGCCCAUGGACUACAGGCAUUAAGAAUGACAAAUUCAGGAACUCCUCAGCCAGGUGCUACCAUUGUGCAAUAUGCAGGACAAUCGCCUGAUGGCACACAACAAUUUUUUGUUCCUGGAAGCCAAGUUGUUGUUCAAGCUGCCACUGGAGACAUGCCAGCUUACCAGAUUCGAUCUCCCAGUACUACUUUACCUCAGGGAGUUGUAAUGGCAGCCUCACCAGGGACCUUGCACAGCCCUCAGCAACUGGCAGAAGAGGCAACACGCAAGAGGGAGCUGAGACUAAUGAAAAAUAGGGAAGCUGCCAGAGAAUGUCGCAGAAAGAAGAAGGAGUAUGUCAAAUGUCUUGAAAAUCGUGUGGCUGUGCUUGAAAACCAAAACAAGACUCUCAUUGAGGAACUCAAGGCCCUCAAAGAUCUUUAUUGUCAUAAAGCAGAGUAAUUGUCUUUCAUUUGGACCUUGUUUAUUAUGAACUUUAAUCAAGGCAUGAGAGGAAGCAAUUCUACAGAUUGCCAUAUGAACUUGAGAAAGAGACACUUGAGGCCCUUGUGGAACCCAGUUUUGCUUAGUGUUUUCAGACUGAUUUGGGAAAUAUUCCAAAAUUUGGAAUUUUAUCAUAGUCUCCGUACUCUGCUGAGCUUUCUAAUGGCAUGCAAAUGGCUUUUUUGUUUGCACUUUUUACUUCUGCUUUUUGCAGGGAAGCUGCUAAAGAAUGUCGGCGUCGGAAGAAAGAAUACAUAAAAUGUCUGGAGAGUCGUGUUGCAGUGCUAGAAGUUCAGAACAAGAAACUUAUAGAGGAGCUUGAAACCCUAAAAGACAUAUGCUCUUCCAAAACAGAUUAGUAAAAAUAUUUAUUUUACUGUGAACUGACUUAAAUAUGUCCAGUUGCUUUAUAAGGCAAUACAUAGCCAACAUGAAUUAUGGCUUUCUCUUUGUGUCAUUUAUAUUAUAUUCCAACUUUUAACAUUCCUGAAAUGCUUUCCUGCUUUUUGUAAAUUCAUAGCUUAUUUCAGGUUUUUCAUGCUCCUCCCUUCCAUCUCCGAAGGACGCAAAUGUUAAAAAAGUGUAACAAAGUAAAAAAGCACAUAAUUUCUGCCAGCUGUUUCUUUGCCAUAUAUUUACAUACUACUUUUUACAUGUUACUGAGUGUCCUGCAUAAGCAAAAUAUUUUACAGUUGUUUUAGAUCAAUCAUAAAGAUAAUGCAUCUAGUAAUACAAGAAAAUCAAACAACCUAGGGUAUCUCAGGAAAGAGUUUAUAAAAGAAUGUUAUAAUUACAUGUAUGUACUAGAGUACUAGUCUACAGAUGAUUUUAUGGCAUAUUUUUAUAUUAGUUGCUUUGUGGAAAAACGUAUUGUAUUGCUGUCACUGAGUGCCAUGGUUAAAGAUAGUUUUUAAUAGAACCAUGUUGUUUAACCUG